CUCAUCAUCAAGUUCUCUUUGUAAUUUUGUUUACUCUUUCAAGUACUCUGAUCUAAUUUUUUGGGGCUCUCUCUCUCUCUCUCUCUCUCAAUUUGUGUUUGAAUUGAAUAGGAAAAUGUCCUCAGCAACCUUCAUAGAUAUCAUCGUGGCCAUCCUCUUGCCUCCCCUUGGUGUCUUCCUUAAGUUCGGUUGCGAGGUGGAGUUUUGGAUCUGUCUGUUACUGACCUUGUUUGGAUAUCUCCCUGGAAUUCUCUAUGCUAUUUAUAUCAUCACCAAGUGAUCAUCUCUCUCUCUCUCUAGGUGGAGAUGUGAGGGGUGACAAUAAAAAGUACUUUUCAUUUCUGCUAGUGGAGGAGGUGCUUAUAUAUACCCAACGACGGCUCGAUGAACAGUGAUGAUUUGUGGUGUCUAAAGAUGAUGUCAUUCUUGUUUUGGGGGUUAUUUUGAUUUUGAAUUUUAGGACUGGUAAUUGGGUUUUGUAAUUAUUGUGUUGUUGGGUUGUUGAUUUUAGUAGUUUAGUUUUGUCUUAAAUUAAGAUCAUGAAAUUUAAUUUUCAGUGUUCGAAUUAUUUGUUUAUGUAUUGAUUUAAACCUUAACUAAUUUUCCUAUUUGUGCUAUAUCAGUAAAAGUUUUGUUUUUUCACAA